CGUUUUCCUCCACCGACUGGCUAUCGAUAUUCCUUCCACCUCGCGCUUCCUUUCUCUCGCCGCUCUUGGCUUUCAAUCCCAACCAAUAUAAUCAACUGCAACUCCAUUUUCGUCUUUGUCAAUUUUUUUUUUCUUUUCUUGCGUUGCCAUUUUUGUUACUCUCAAUUAACACGGUAACUUGACUGGAGCACGCAGUCUCGGAAUGGAUAGAGAUUCUUCUGAUGAAGACGACGAUCGACAGAACCUAAUCCACCAAAAUGACACCAAGCGCGACCACCACAACCAUAUGAAUACCAACACCGCCGCAAGGAGCCCGCGAUCCGCCUUCAACGUCGAGGAUAUCGAAUCUCAAAUCCGACGCCGUUUCAAGUUCAACCUCAACAAGCGAUACAUCUUCGCCAUCUCCCUCCCUCUUUUCAUUGUUAUCCUCUAUUUGUCCACCGACAUCCGCGGCAUCUUCUCCACCAACCUAUCCGCCUUCAAGCUCAACCCUCCCGAUGGCCGGGUCGAGGAAGCCGAGCUUCGAGCCUUGUACCUCCUGAGACAGCAACAGCUUUCCCUCUCCUCUCUCUGGAAUACCACAACCCGUACUAUCAACAAUAUCCAAUCUAAUUCUUCUAUUAGUAACGCCAAUAUUAGUAGUAUUAGUAAUAAUUACAGUUCUUCGAGUUUUGCCUCAAUAGCGUCGAUAGAGAAUGUUAAGUCCGAGGUGCUCAAGCAGAUCUCAAUGAACAAAGAAAUCCAGCAGAUUCUCCUGUCGCCGCAUCGGACAGGGAAUUUUUCCGAAAAUGGGAACGAUCCGACGGGUUUUGGCGGCUCUAGUUUGUAUGAUAGGUGUAGGAAAGUGGAUCAGAAGCUCUCAGAAAGGAGAACGAUUGAGUGGAAGCCGAGAUCAAACAAGUUCUUGUUUGCAAUUUGCCUGUCGGGGCAAAUGAGCAAUCACUUGAUUUGCCUGGAGAAGCACAUGUUUUUCGCUGCUCUUUUGGGUCGUGUCUUGGUGAUGCCGAGCUCAAAGUUCGACUACCAGUACAACAAAGUGUUAGACAUCGAUCACAUUAACAGUUGCUUGGGGAGGAAAGUCGUCAUUUCUUUUGAAGAGUUCAUGGAAAUGAAAAAGAACCAUGGCCACAUUGAUAAAUUCAUGUGCUACUUCUCAUUGCCACAGCCGUGUUAUGUCGAUGAAGAGCACUUGAAGAAGUUAAAGGGUCUGGGGGUUUCCAUCCCAGAGCUUGAGACCGCUUGGGUUGAGGAUAUCAAGAAGCCUAGCAGGAAGACGGUCCAAGAUGUGGAGGCCAAGUUUAAGUCUGAUGAUGAUGUUAUCACGAUUGGGGACGUGUUCUACGCGGAUGUGGAGCGCGAGUGGGUAAUGCAGCCCGGUGGUCCCAUUGCUCACGAGUGCAAGACUUUGAUUGAACCUAGUCGGUUCAUUCUGCUUACGGCGCAGCGAUUCAUUCAGACCUUCUUAGGGACGAAUUACAUUGCUCUUCAUUUCCGGAGACAUGGGUUCUUGAAGUUCUGUAAUGCCAAAAAGCCAAGUUGCUUUUAUCCCAUUCCUCAAGCUGCAGACUGCAUCACUCGACUGGUUGAAAGGAGUAAUGCACUGGUUAUAUACCUUUCCACUGAUGCUGCAGAAAGUGAAACUGAUCUGCUUCCAUCUCUAAUUAUGUUGAAUGGGAAGACUGUGCCACUAGUUAAGCGACCGCCUCGUAACUCAGCUGAAAAAUGGGAUGCUUUGUUAUAUCGACAUGGUCUUGAGGGUGACUCUCAGGUGGAAGCAAUGCUGGAUAAGACAAUCAGUGCUAUGUCUAGUGUUUUCAUUGGAGCUUCCGGAUCCACUUUCACAGAGGACAUCUUGCGGCUUAGGAAGGAUUGGGGAACAUCUUCAGUUUGUGAUGAGUACCUAUGCCAAGGUGAAGAGCCAAAUUUCAUAGCGGAUGACGAAUAAUAGCAUUGAGGUACUCACUCAGUUGUUUACAGAGAGUUUAUUAACUUGUAUUAUUGUGUAUUAUAAUAGCAUUUGCAUUCUCUUGUUCAUCAGUUCGAUAAUUGCAAUGUUCUCCAUUUACUUUAACGUGAGUUACUGCCCUAGUAGCGUAAGCUCCAUCCACCAUGUGUUUUUUUUUUUUUUUUUUUUUUUGUAUCAUUUGCUGGUGGUUGAUGAUAUAAAACAGUCGAGGCUGUUGUAACAUCAGUUGGUGGGGGCUUUAUUCAUAGAUGUCUAAAGAAAA